GAAACUAGAAAGGGAAGAGCUUCAUCAGUUCAUCUCAUUUUUUCAACCUUCCCUUGUACACUCUUUUUUUCUCUGAAAGAUGAGGAAAAGCUUGGGCUUCAUAUAAAUGGCAGCCACUUGCUAUAACCUCAUCCAUGGCUUUGGUCACAACAAACUCAAUGGCCAACUCCACAUACGGAGAAAGCUUGUUCCUCUCUACAUGCAUACAUAUUCAAAGUCAUUAUUCUUUUUCAGCUGCAACCUGGAUUACAAAAGGAUACAUACAAGGCACUUGUUGCUACACGUGUCUCGUUCUGGGUUUGGAGAGGAACAACUUGAAGAGUCUGUUUCAAGGACAACCUUGAUUUGGAGGGCAAUCAAGUUGCCAAUUUACUCUGUUGCUUUGGUUCCUCUAACUGUAGGUAGUGCAGCAGCUUAUUUGCAGAUGGGUAUGUUCUCUGCUAGGACCUAUUUUGUGCUCUUGGCUUCUUCGGUUCUUGUUAUUACCUGGCUUAAUUUAAGCAAUGAUGUUUAUGAUUUUGAUACUGGUGCUGACAAGAACAAAAAGGAAUCUGUUGUAAAUCUAGUUGGCAGCCGGAAUGGAACCUUUGUUGCUGCCUACUUGUGCUUUGCUCUUGGCUUCAUUGGCCUCACUUGGGCUUCUGUUCAGGCACGAAAUAUGCCUUCGAUCGUGCUUCUUGCUUGCGCAAUUAUAUGUGGCUAUGUAUAUCAGUGUCCGCCGUUUCGCUUAAGCUACCGAGGGCUGGGAGAGCCCCUGUGCUUUGCUGCAUUUGGUCCUUUUGCUACUACUGCUUUUUAUUUAUUACAAGGCAGUGCAAGUGCCAUGAGCCGUUUGCCCUUAACUGGGACAGUUAUCUCGGUGUCAAUUCUAGUUGGCCUCACAACUUCCAUGAUCUUGUUUUGUAGUCAUUUCCAUCAGAUAGAAGGGGACAUGGAAGUUGGAAAAAUGUCACCAUUGGUUAGACUAGGCACGGCAAGAGGCGCAGAGGUAGUGAAAGUGGCAGUCAUGGCACUCUAUGCUCUUUUGAUUGCUUUCGGUCUGUGCAAGGCGCUUCCCCCAGCCAGUAUUUUCCUUUGUGCCUUGACCUUACCAAUUGGAAACUUGGUAGUGAGAUUUGUGCAAGAAAAUCAUAAGGACAAAAGCAAGAUCUUCAUGGCAAAGUACUUCUGUGUGAGGUUACAUGCUUUGUUUGGAGCAGCUCUGGCUUGUGGGCUGGUAGCGGCUAGAGUGGUUUAACAACAAUUCUAUGCAUGCAAGAGUCUGAAGAUGGAAGCUGUCUCACUAUUUUAUUCUGAUUCUUUGCAUUCUUCUUUUCAAGUGUUUUUCAUUUGCCUCCACUUCUUAUGGCCAAAUAAAUAGUGGAGAAAAUUUAUAUGUUGAGAUACCAAUGUAGUUAGGAGUCUCACUUAGGCUUUUUUGAUAGUUUUAACAUUUUUUGGUGGUGAAAACUCAGAUACAGUUGACUUCACGUGAAGUUGAUAAUUGACAAUUGUUAGAUAAUUUGACUGAUUUGACUCAUUUUUCAUCUAAUGACCCUCAACUAUCAACUUCAGGUGAAGUCGACCGCACUUAAGUUUUCACCUUUUUUGGUGUUACAUAUAAGGACACAUACCUUUCUUUGUUUUCAAAUCUGAUUGCUCCUUGUCCCUAAAUGACGUAACUGCAUAGUUUGUAGUCCAGGUGAAUUUAUGCACGGUUGAUUCUUCUAUGUUACCAAAGAAACUCUAGAAUGGAAAUCCAAUUUACCACAUGUU